UAUAGCAAAGAGAGAUAUUCGUACGAACAUACCUCUAUUCAAAUGUCAGAGGUGAUUCUGUUUCGUGUGCAAAUGUUAAUAUUAAAUCGACUUGAUUCAUUUAACUUAAAUAAGACGUAGAGAGCAGUGUUAAUUUUAAUGGUUAUCGGUGUGUCGAAAAUAGUCGACAACUGUCAGUAUCAAUUGUUGUGUCUUUCAUCGCGAGUUAUAAAUCAAGUGGAACUAUUUAUGCUUCUCAAUUUUGUGAUAUCUAGGAUGUUUUUCAACAUUUCUUUCCUACAAUUAACUCAAUUGUCAACCUAAAACAACGUCUGCAUGUUGAUUAACUAAUGGGGAACGAGAAAAGUGCCCUACGUGGGCUCGAAAUCGAAGACAAGCCUGUUGAGGUUACGGACUAUUGGAUGCAUUAUGAUGCGAGUGUACAGGACUCGAGUCUUCAAAAACUAUCCAUAUUCAUUAGUGAACCAUCCUUACAUUUUACUGCAACAUUUGGAAGACCAUCACCGUUAGAACGAGCAGCGAAAAAUUUCAUGUUAUAUCGGCAUCCCUGUAUUUUGAAGUAUAUCUCCUCAUGGAAUAAAGGCAGCAAGUUCUUCCUUGCUACAGAAGAAGCUAGGCCAUUAAUACAAGUGAUUGAGAAGCAAAAUAUACUACAAAUAUGUAUUGGCUUGCAUAGUAUCUUGCGAGCUUUAAUAUUCCUACACGAGACUGCAUUAGCAUCACAUAAUAAUAUAUGCAGCAGCUCUAUUUAUGUUACCGCGGAAGGAUAUUGGAAAUUGGGUGGAUUAGAAUGCCUGUGUAAAUUCACAGAUACAACAUCGACAUACUACCAAAGAAUAAGAAGUUACAGAUACGAAAGAGGUAUAUCGCCAAAUGAAGAUAUAGCUGACUUAGCUAAGACUGCUAAUCUUACUGCAAUUGAUUCAUAUGCAUUUGGAGUGCUGGUGGAAGAUAUUCUAAAAAAUUCACAAACUAUAGAUGAGACACCAAAUCUGUUGGAAUUUAGUGAAUUUUGUAAAAAAAAUCUGCAGAAUCCAGAUGCGUGUUUAAGAAGUAGCGUACUGAAUGUAUUGCAACAUUCUUUCUUCACUCAUGAGUUUAUAAGAAUACACGCAUUCCUGGAAGAAUUGCCAUUGAAAACUGAUGUAGAAAGAGAAGAAUUUUUCACGACGUUAAGACAGCAAUUGCAGAUGUAUCCCGAGGCUGUAGUUGCCGAACAACUCGGCAGAGUGCUUCUCUCCAGAAUGGUCUUGUUGGACAGUACUGCUCAAGUAAAACUUUUACCUUUCAUCUUUAAACCCAAAGAUGAGAAGAAUGACUUAGAAACUAGUCUAUUCACAGUCUCUACUUUUAAAAGUAUUUUAGUACCAAGGCUUUUGCAAAUGUUCUGCAUUCGAGAUGUAUCUAUUCGUCUGUUGCUGUUGUCCCAUUUUAAUUCGUUCGUACAUGUGUUCGACAUGGAUGAGCUGAAAAGCCACAUUCUUCCUGAAUUACUCGUCGGUAUAAAAGAUACCAAUGACGAACUCGUUUGUGCCACAUUAAGGGCGUUGGCUGACAUUGUGCCGAUUUUGGGUGCAGCGACAGUUAUCGGUGGUAACAGGGGAAAACUGUUUACGGACGGUCGACCAAACAAGAUGAUGAAUAACCGGAGUAAAAAUCUUGGCGAUAUUAGGAAAGUUUUGACGUUAAGUAAGGAAAUACAGAACGUUUACGUGAAUAUAGAUGAGAAUAAUGUGCAUUUAUCAGAAAGACCAUCGCCAGAUGGUGGUGAAGAUAAGAGAGAAAAAGAAUUUCCAUUUGUCGAGGAAGAAUGCACCUGGUCAGAUUGGGAGGCACAAGAAACAGUUGGAAACAGUCACAGUUAUGUAGAAGUACCUCUGGAUACCGUGCAGACAGAACAGCAGAACAAUACCGGUGACGCAGACUUAUCUUCGCCCGUAUCGGAAUCAUCAAACGCGAAGAAGACAAAUUAUACAAAGAAACUGAUAAUUUCGGACAUUACAGAGCUUGACAUAAAAAACUCGAAAACAAUAAAAUAUCCGAAGGAGGAAUUUGAUUUUUUUACGGAUAUGGAGCCUGUGAUAAAGAAAACGCAGAUUCUACACAUUGAGGAGACAGAGGAGUCGCCAAAAAAUAUGUUCGAUGUAAAAACAUCAGGUGUUACCUUAGAGGAGCACGAUGACAAUGGGUGGGGAGAAGAUUUAAGUGAUUUAAGUAUAGAAGAUGCUCAUGACUCUACAAUAUAAGUUAUCAUGUAAAAAAAGAAAAGAAAAAAAGAGAAAUGCCCGUUUAGGCGCUUAAACUUUUGUAAGAUCUCAAACGAUUAGGCGCUAAGAAAUUUUUG